AACGUGGGAAGGAUCUACAUGGAGCUGCCGGCGAGGACGAGGCUGCAGUGCUGCCAGAGUGUGCGUGGGGCGCCCCUGUGCUGCGGCUCCCUCCAGCACCCACUGCGCCGCCUGUCGCACCUGCUCUUCCUCCUCCUCCUCUACUCCCUCACCUCCUGCAGCAACGGCAUCACGGCCCAGACAAAGAAGGAGUCGAGCGUGCCCCUGCUUGCUGCCAUUCCCGACACCUCCUUCCGGUGCCUGGGACACAGCGCCGGCUACUACGCAGACCCCGACACUGGCUGCCAGGUCUACCACAUGUGUGACACGCUGGAGCGGCAGUACUCCUACCUGUGCCCUAACUACACCCUCUUCAACCAAAAGUUCAUGGUGUGCGAUCACUGGUACAUGGUGGACUGCGCCACCUCCCACACGUUCUACCACCUCAACGGCCACAUAGGCGAGGUGCCUGAGAAGGGCGAAGGAGAGGAGCAGCAGAAUGCCAUCACAGUGAGGCCGGAGGAAGGUAUCUCAACAAAGAAGAACAAGGCGACACCCGCUCGCGCAACACUCUCAGGCUCAGCGCCGCUCUCCUCAAGACAUGGCUUUAACAGACCUUCAGGCAGCCAGUCGGAGGACCCUAAAAACCGUCAGUCUGAGUUUGGGCAGCCUGGAGCACAACCCAGAAACACAACAGUUCAUGAAUCGCCCAAAAAGCUGGAUACUCCCAUCACGCCUGCAGUUACUCCGUCAAUCAUUAAUCCCACCUCUUCAUCGCGAAAACAGUUUGUCACCUCAUUGACUGUACCAUCCAGCACUCCAACUCCAAAACCAGUCACUCAGUCAACCAGAUUAACUAUAAAACCACAAGCUUUUAUUCCGACUAAACAACCAUCGACACCUCUGACCAGACAAGAAACCAACACACCAGCCAGGACACCUUUCAGUCCAACCAGAACAACAGUUACACAACCAGUAAGGCAACCAACCACUCCCCAUAGAGCACCAUUCAUUCCAGAAAGUAGACAGUCAUUUAUUUCACCCACAAAGCAGCCGUUCACUUCACCUGUCACACAGUCAAGCAGUCAGCCAUCAAGGCAGCCAGUGACUCAGGCAACCUUGGAAUUAACCACCGAGGCUACAGUCCUUCCUGAAGAAAUAUCUACCACUCCUGCCUCUUUUAUAACCACACCUAAAACUAAAUUCAAAGACAGUAAUGUAGAGGAUCAUAUUAUCCACACACAAACUGAAAUUCCCUUUUUCUCAGUCACAAAGAACCCCACCCUACCCAGUUCUACCAAGGCACGUGUGGCUCCGGAGGGAGAGAUCCCAGCACAGACAGAGCAGCCAGGCACAGGCCUCAACAUGAUGCCUAGCAGUGUGGCUCGCAGCCCUGGAAACAGGUUCUCUUUCACCAGUCAUAAAGUGGAAGAGCCAAUCUUAACCCCUGAAGAACUGCAAAGGAUAGUAUUCCAACCUCUUUUGGUACGGCCACGCACCAAAACUCGUAGGAUUCUGAGCAAUGCUCCAUCGCUGUUGCUAAUAGACCCUGCUAACUCUUCAGACGCACAUCAUCACCUCUUCCCCUUGCGCAUCGAGUUUCACUCUCCUGCCAUUCCAGAGGAUUCAUCUUCCCGUGAUUCCUUGGACUUGAAGUUGUCAAACAGUCAAAGAGUCCAAACACCGAACCUCCGUCUCCAGCCUCCAUCAGAGACAACAGUUUCACAACCUCUUUCAGCUUUUCUGUCUCCUCCCACGCACCCAUUCACUCCCAUUACAGGCAUGAAGCAGGAGUUCCCCACCCUCCUGGAAAUUCCUCCAGAGACUGAUAACUUGCGCACAUCUCCCAGGGACACUUUCCUUCCCGGGGCUCGGCGCCUCCCCUUCCCUCCACCUUCUCACGGCAAUCGCGAUUUCUUCAUCCCUUCAGCAGAGUUUUCACUCCUUGUGUCAGAAGUACCUCUGAACAAUGUGGAGGAGCGAGUCCCCAACACAAACACCAGAGUCAGCAGACACCACCAAGACCACCAUGGCAGCCACAUGACCAUGCUAUUCCCUGCACCGAUUGAGCCCAGCAGGAUGGAGGAGCUUAGGCUGAACCCCGAGUGCCCACGAUGCCACCCUGAGUUCCUUAAACCUGGCCAGUGUCAUCCCUGUGUUGUCAUCAAGUAGGCGUGAGGCCAUUCCUGUUGCUGUGAGGGCCUCACAUGGAGCAUAGUGGUAAACACACACAAUAAGUCUGCUGCUGGUACCAUUGAGCUGUUGCUGAUGAAGAAUAUAUAAUUUAGAAUUUUGUAAUGACUGAUAAUAGUUUAUUGUGGAAUAAUAUGUAGCCGCCAAUGAGUAAAUACACCUACUGCAGGGCUCAAUAAAAAGUUAGGUGAGUGGCCUGCACGCUGCAAGGAGUGAAUGGUGUGCACAUGAGAUGCAAACUUCAGAAAAGAUGUUUGUGCCGUCUCAUUCACUGACUUCCUUCCUUUGUGUGAUAUUAGGAAACAAGUAAUGGAUAUAAUAACUUUAAAAAUAUGUAUAUAAUACAAAAGUAAGUAAGAGCAUUUGCAUUGCUUGCUUCUUCGUAUAGUACAGUUAUAUUUAGAUUGUGAAUGAUUAAUUUGUAUGAAACAGGUUCUUAAUUUGUCCAUUUCAGAAAAUUUAUCAUGCUAAUUAUCGCACUGGAGCCAAUUUCUUACUUCCUUGAAGUGUCCACUGUUCAAUGCCCAAGUGCUUCGGCCUGGCCCUUGAGAUGCACUGGAUACUUCCUCACAGUGAAAGAUGAACAUUUAGGUUAACUAUAAAUAAGAAUAUGAAUAUUCCAGACGUCCACCCGAGCACAGCCAGAGCAUAAGCAGCAGUUAGGGUGUAUUAUAUGUAUUAUAUUGAAUAGAAAUAACUGCAUUUAUUAGCUUGAUAGUUGCCAUUUUAACUUAGGGUUAGUCUUGAUAUGCUUGACCCCUUCUAUACGCCCAGCCUGUGAGGCACCAGGCUGUACACGGGCGGGCUGCGGCCUGUAGCAGCGUAGGCUUUGAGGGACGUGCAGGCCAUGUCCUCAGCUUUAGCACAGGAUCAAAACUAAACCUGCUACUAGUGGUUAAGAUAAAGAGAGAAAAAAUUCAUUGAAACGGAGCAGACAUUCGCAUUUUUGUUGCACAAGUAGUUGUGGCGCAGAGCCUUGCAGGGCGCCGUGUGCAGCAGUGCAGGGCAUCGUCGUGAGGAAGGUGUAUUCUUUGUUGAGUGAAUUGCCAUAGGAAAUAUUUUCUAUGACACCAUAUCAGUGUGUUGCUUUGGGGUGAAUUCAUCGGAGAGAAAAUGAUCAACUUAACAAGUGUUAUUAGGGGAAAAGGAACAGUCAGAGGGUUGAAAUGGAAGCCAUGCAUUGCACUGCUCCCGAAAAAAGGACAAAGAGUUUUGCAAACGUUCGGAGUUCAGUUUAGUUCAAGACAAAAAGUUAAAGUUGGGCAUAAAACUGCGAUUGGCCUCGGCGCUCCUCUCCGUCCUGUGGCCCCUGAGCCUGUGGCGAGGAAGAACCCAUCACAGGCUGCCACAGUUUACCUUCUGUAGGUUUUCCAGGUACUCACUUGUCAGCGAGCCAGAGAGGGAGGAUAAACAGCUGGGUGGGCUGCACGCCGACCGCCUAUGCUGGGAUUCGAACCCAGACCCGCGGAUUCAUACCUAGUUGUUCUAACCACUGGACCACAGAGGCGCUAGUACAAAAGGCGUCUUCAUACUCCCCCCCUAAUGAUGUCUGCUUUGGAAGAGAGGAAAAAACAACGCCAUACAGUACAAAGGCAGCUCUGGCAACUGUGGGCUUAAAAAGAAGUCCUUGCACCUGGUCGUGGCGUCUGUGUUAUGGUUAGUGAGCCAUCCCUGAAAUAUGGAAGUAGUGGAAUGAACGUAGCCUUGUUUUUUUUUAUCCUGAGCUCCUUGAAGUGAAUGUGCUUCCAUUAUCCGAGAAAUUUUGAUCCGAGUCCAUUAUGUAUUCAAACAACUAAUAUCGUGGAUGAAAUAAAGUGGAAAUAGUGUCACA